ACCUUUGAUAAUAGAUUGCGACCAUUAGAAUUUGCUCAGUUUGUGUUUUUCAUGAGUGUAAUCAACGUUCAGUUUUUUUCAUUUUUAAAGUAAAAAGUUUAAUCAUCUCGACGUGUAAUCUUAUCUCAGAAAAAACUCUCCAUCACAUUGCUUUAAUAACCCUGCCUGUGGGUCGUGAAAAUUUAGUUUAGAAGCUCCUGCCCUUGUGCUAAGAUCUGUCCAAUUUAAGAAAUGAAGAAUUUUAACAAUUACAAACCAGAAGUUUAUGCUGCAUCUGUGGACUGGAGAUACAACGUCUUGAACAAAAUUUUCACAAACAACGCGGAUAAACUUCAAUGGCGUGGAGAUGAGCGAGUUCUGGAUAUUGGUUGUGGUGUUGCCGACAUUACACGCCAUGUUAUCCUUCCAAUGCUCUCUCCCGACUACAAGAAGCUUUCCUGUGCUGAUGCUUCAACACUUAUGCUCAGUGCAGCUGAAAAGCAAUUGCAGGACGUGAAGAAGGUCGAAUUCAUCAAGAUGGACAUUGGAGCAGACCUAGAAAAGUCCCUCAUAGGCCAAUUUGACAGGAUAUUCUCAACCUUUUGUUUGAUGUACUUAAAAGAUCAACGGAAAACUUUUCAAAAUGUUUUUGAUCUUCUCGCACCGGGAGGUGAUUGCUUCAUUGUUAUCCUAUCUUCGGGAAUUAUCUUCGAGACGCUCUUUCAACUUGCUGAAACCCCCAAAUGGAGGGAACAUUUAAAACAUGUCCGAGAUGUCUACGUCUUCCCAUAUCGUGAAGAUCCUGAUCCUGAGAAAACUCUGACAAGUCUUCUAAGAUCAGUCGGAUUCACGGAUGUUUUCGUGAAGAAAGAUAAGUCUUUUAGUCUCUAUGAAAAUGCCGACAGAUUACGAGAUAAUCUCCUAGUUAUGCCUGAUUUUCCACACAAGAUGACGCAGCAGGAGAGGGAGGAACUAUUUGAGGAUCAAAUUAAAUUAGGAAUCUCAAUGAAUGUCGUUGCGGAGUCUUACGAUGAAAGUAAGCCUAUCCUACAGGCACGUCAUGUGACCCUUACAAUAAAGGCUAGGAAACCAGUCUUGUAACAGGCUAGUCACGAAGGAUGUUUACUAAUUUCUUUUCCGGAUCUGGUUAAUAAAACGAAAAUGCAUUUCAAUAAUUUAUGAAGAUUUAAUAAAAAAAACAUAAAAAUUAA